UUAAUAAAAUAACAUCAAUCGAACAGAGUGUAUAUGGUGUGUGGAUGUGUGUUUUGUUUGACGACGAGUGUGAAACCAGUUAAAAAUGUACAAAAUAUUGAUCAAUUGCCUGCUAUUGAUACUUCUGCCGCAAUUGAGUGUCAGCGAUUGUGGUUGCAAUAAAGCGAAUCGAGCCAAAAAGGUGGAACCAUCCGUUCACCGUACACCAGAAGAGAGUCCGACCAGCGAUUCAGAUAAUUUAGACGAUGCACCUGAUGCAGCACGCAAAUUAUUUCUGAAUGAUGAUGAUAGUCCGAUCGAUGAUUCACUGGCUAUAAUUCCCGGUGGUACGGUGACUGUAGGAACUAGUCGAGCAAUUUUUCCGGAAGACAACGAAUCACCGGAAAGGGUUGUAACGAUCGACGACUUCUACAUUGAUAGACAUGAAGUGAGUAAUGAUAAGUUCGCGAAAUUCGUUAGCAGCACGAACUAUAUCACGGAUGCGGAAAAAUUUGGCGACAGUUUCGUGUUCAAAGGGCUCAUCACCGAGGAAGUGCAAACGAAGUACGUAGACUUUCGAGUAGCAAGUGCACCUUGGUGGUACAAAAUCGAUAAAGUUGAUUGGCGACAUCCGGAGGGGGCCGAUUCAAAUAUUGAAGAUCGAGGAAAUCAUCCCGUUGUGCAUGUAUCGUGGAAAGAUGCGGUCGAAUAUUGUAAAUGGGAAGGAAAAAGACUACCGACGGAAGCUGAAUGGGAAACCGCUUGUCGUAGCGGACGAAAAGGCAAACUGUAUCCAUGGGGUGAUGCGAUGAAUCCACGGAACGAACAUUGGAUGAACAUAUGGCAAGGAGACUUUCCCGACAAUGAUCUGGGCGAAGACGGAUUCAAAUCAACGUGUCCUGUCGACCAAUUCAAACAGAACAAAUUUGGUCUGUACAACAUCGUCGGAAAUGUAUGGGAAUGGACGGCCGAUGCAUGGGAUAAAACUGAUCCCGUCACAGAUGAUAUACGGCGUGUGAAGAAAGGCGGUUCGUAUCUGUGUCACAAAUCGUACUGCUAUCGAUAUCGGUGCGCUGCCAGGUCACAGAAUACAGCCGAUAGUUCAGCCGGUAAUCUCGGCUUUAGGUGUGCAAAGGAUCUUUGAGGUUGAGCUGGCUCUCGGCUUCAAUAGCAAAACACUGAUGGGACAAUCAAAUAAACUGCACUGACGGACGUCGUACUUAAAGCCAAACAUUUUGUUUGGAGAAGAGCAAAGUAUUGUGGAGCAAUUGAUGCCAGUUUGUGUCUUGUUUUAAUAAAAUUUUUAUUAGAAAA